AAUGGCUAAGCCCCAGUGGUCAACUUCUGGGGACGCCAGGACGAGCGAGGGCUCACAGGACCCCAGACCUCCACCACAGUCUACUCCCAAACAGUCCCUCAGGCCCCGGCCCAACUCCUCACACGCCCCUCCCUCCCCUCGGCCCUGCAGGGGGGCGCCUGGAAAGGGGGCAAAGAGUGGGGGUGGGGAAAGAAGCCCCAGGGUCGAAAUGACAGCGGAACAAGCUGGGAAAGAAAAAGGCCCGGCGGGAUGCCGGAGGACGAGUCCUAGGCCCGGAGCUCCAGCCCCGAACGGGGGCGAUCAAGGGUCCGAACGGCGCCAGGCCGCGAGCGGGAAGCCGGGCCAGCGUCGGCGGCGCCGCCUGGCCACGCUCCCCUCACGACUCUCCCCACCCGAGGCGGAGGGGCUGAGGGGCCACGGCCGCCGCCAGCAUCCGGGGCGGGGGCACUCACUCACCGGCGGGGAGGGGAGGAGCAGCCGGCGUCUCCGCCAGCGCCGUGGCUCGAGCUCAAGCGCCGGCUCCUGCCGCUGCAGCCGCCGCGCCGGGUCCAUCCCCCCCAACCACCCCCCUCCCGGCCCUCCCCCCGCGCCGCCUCAGCCGCCGCAGCCGCCGCUGCAGCCGCCACUGCCGCUUCAGCCCCGGCGCGGGAGCGCGAACCGGCGCGAGGAAGCGAGAGCGCGCGCGCCCACCGCCACCGCCCACAACCUCCGCCCCCAGCCGGCCGCGCACGCGUGA